ACGGGCCUGGCAUCAGUUUAGAGCUGCCAAGUGCCUAUAAAUGCAGAGGCCCUCUGAUCUUUCUUUGCCAAAUACCAGAACCUCUUUUCUCUUUUCUUCUGCUGAGUUGUUGGCUGAUCUCCCUUUCCUUGUCCAGCCAGCAGCAGCAGCAGCAGCGGCGGCGGCCAUGGAGAAACCUCAUGCCGUAUGCGUCCCUUACCCUGCACAGGGGCACAUCACCCCCAUGAUGCAGCUCGCGAAGCUCCUCCACUGCAAGGGCUUCCACAUAACCUUCGUCCUCACGGAGUACAACCACCAGCGCCUGGUGAGGUCGAGGGGUCCCGGCGCGGUCAAGGGCUUGAAGGACUUCAGGUUCGAGGCCAUCCCCGACGGGUUGCCACCCUCUGACCCCGACCGCACCCAGGACAUCCCUGCACUCUGUGACUCCACCACCAAGAACUGUCACGCUCCUUUCCUUCGUCUUCUGCAGAAGCUCAACGAAUCUGGCAACCCACCGGUGACUUGCAUAAUUUCUGAUGGAGUCAUGAGUUUCACCCACAAGGCUGCCCAGGAGCUUGAGUUGCCGGUGGUCUUCUUCUGGACUACGAGCGCCUGUGGCUUCUGGGGCUACUUUCAUUACCUUGAUCUCAUAGAGAGAGGUUACACGCCAUUGAAGGAUGAGAGCCAGCUGACAAAUGGGUAUCUCCGGACCAAAAUUGAUUGGAUAAAAGGGAUGCAGGGCAUCCUUCUCAGGGACAUGCCCAGCUUCAUCAGAACUCUCGACAGGGACGACAUCAUGCUCAACUUCUGCAACAAGGAAGCACAGACGGUGACCAAGGGCGUGGGCCUCAUCCUUAACACCUUUGAAGAUCUGGAGUACGAAGUCCUCGAGGCUCUCCGAGCCCGAAUCCCUCGCGUCUACGCGGUCGGUCCUCUGCUGAAACUCGGCCAGCGCGUGAACAUGAACGGGCUGACUGCCAUCCAGUCCAGCCUGUGGAAAGAAGAGGACGGCUGCCUGGACUGGCUAGACGAGCAGGGGGAAGGCUCAGUCGUCUACGUCAACUUCGGCAGCAUCACUGUCAUGAGUCCACAGCAGCUGGUAGAGUUCGCCUGGGGCCUGGCCAACAGCAACUACCCAUUCCUGUGGAUCAUCAGGCCCGACCUAGUGCAAGGCGAGGCGGCCCUUCUGCCGAAGGAGUUCCUGGCCGAGACGAGGAAGAGGGGGAUGCUGGCUAGCUGGUGUUCCCAACAGGAGGUGCUCAGCCACCCUUCGGUCGGGUUGUUCCUCACCCACAGUGGGUGGAACUCGACGGUGGAGAGCAUCUGUGGGGGAGUGCCCAUGCUGUGUUGGCCCUUCUUUGCGGAGCAGCCGACCAACUGUAGGUUCACCUGCACAGAGUGGGAGAUGGGGAUGGAGAUCGACAGCAACGUGAGGAGGGAGGAGAUCGAGGUCCAAGUGAGGGAGAUGAUGGAGGGAGAGAAGGGAAAGGAGAAGAGGAGGAUGGCCAAGAAGUGGAAGGAAGCAGCAGAGCAGGCCGCUCUGCCUGGUGGACCUGCCUCUGUCAACCUCGAGAGGCUGAUCAAAGACUUACAGCAGUAAUUCAGCUUCACUAUUUUCUUAAAACCACGCUCAAACUUGUACUAGGGGAGAUCAUCUACAUAGCAGCUAUAGUUAUCCCGCUGGUUUCUGUAAGACAUGCGACUCUUUGCCGCGCCUGCGUCUGACUUUUACUUAUUGUACUCCGUCGGCAAAGAACACUGCGUGCACCCUUUCUCAUAAUCUGUUAUUUUCCUUUCUUCAGGAUUUGAAAUGUCAUAAAAAAUACAAAAUGUUGCCAGUUUUGAGUCGAUGA